AUGCUUCUUAACUGGUUGGAGAAGGUUAUUCAUAAACUCAUUUCGGUAGAUCAAGCGGAUUUCAUUAAAGGCCGAUCCUUAUCUGAACAUUUGUUGGUGGCUCAAGAGAUUUUCAAUAAAUUCAGAUGGUCCAAAGCUAAAGGUGGUUUUCUAGCAAUGAAGUUAGAUAUAAAGCAGGCUUACGAUAGCAUGGGAUGGGAUGCUUUGAGGCAAGUUCUCAUUCACUUUAAUUUUCCCCCUAUGUUUAGGGAACUCUUAUUAAGCUGUGUGCUCAAUCCGAAGUUUUGCAUUUUGAUUAAUGGGAAGAAGACGGAUUGGAUUAAAGGGAAGUGUGGAUUUAGUGCAAGGAUUAAUAGGGGUAUCUCUGUUUCUCGAUUAGCACCUAAAGUUUCUCAUCUUUUGUUCGCAGAUGAUAUUCUUAUCUUCUCGGAGGCUAAGGUGAAGGAGGUUAAGGAGUUGAGAAGAAUUAUAAACAAUUAUUGUGAUUGGACUGGCCAGAUGGUUAAGGAGAUCAAUUAUCUGGGUAUUAAAAUGGCUUUGAGGAGGUUGAAGACAACGGAUUUCCAGAAUCUUUUAGAGGUAGCAGCUGGAAGAUUAAAUACUUGGGGCUCAAAGAACAUCUCUCUUGAAGAUAGAAUAGUCUUGAUGUGUAGAAGUUUUCCUUGGAGUAAAGGGGAUGGAAAUGCUGGAAUUCAUUACGUAUCUUGGGAAUUGCUUUGUAAACCAAAAUGUGAAGGUGGUAGAGGUCUCUUCUCGGCUAUAUCAAAAGUUGGUCCUCUUCGGACCAAAUUUGCUUGGAAAUUUUUUAGCAACCCAAAUUCUGUUUUGAACCAGAUUUUGAGAGCUAAGUAUGGAGUUGAUAUUUGGUCCUCUUCGAGUAGGACUGGGUGUUCAAUAACUUGGAAAAUUGUUGCUAUGGGUGCUAGAUUUUUGAGAAAGGUGGUUAGAUGGAAGAUCUCUAAUGGUGAUUCAAUCAAUUGGCUGUAUGAUACGUGGAUUUUGGAUAGAAACAUUGCUAUGUGGCCUACCUUUGUUAAUGUUCAAGAGUACGUAGACUUCCCCCUAAGCAUAUUCAUUUCAGAUGGUCAGUGGAACUUUGACAAAUUAAAAGAAACUUUUGGAAGUCAGCUGAUUGAGAUCAUUUCUAAUAUCCCGAUUGAUAAUAGCAGACGGGAUGAUCAGCUAGAACUUUUAUAG